AUGAAGCUGCUGUUCUUCGUUGUUUUCCUAUCAGCUUGGGCAAAAAAACACCAAGAGAGCAGUGAAGAGGAGGACAACACUACAUCUCACAGCGAGAAAAUUGUGGAUAAAUUGGCAGUGAAUUUGGCAGGAGCGCUUGUGAAGUCCAUCUUUCCCGAAAUGGACCGUUAUGAGAAGAAGACUGCGGAGGUUAUUGCCUGCGUUACUCUUGGAAAGAAAGUCGCCGUAUGA